AUGGCCGUCUCGCAUAAACAAGACCCGAUUGUGCUGGUGAUUGAUUUCCACCAUGCACGGGGCCCGGAAAUCGAACACUGCAUCGCCGAUGAGGGGACGAACCCGGCUACCGACAAUGACUGGUCAUUACUACCCUUCAUGGCACUUUCCGAUGGUGCGCAUCUAUCGACCGAGGAAUUUUCAUAUUUCACGUUGCGCCGCAAAGAAACACCUGAAAUACCGGCGACGUCCCUCUUCGGCAUUGCUUGCUCGCGCCAGCUCGAUGCUAAGCUCCUGAUCAAUCGCCAUCCUGAUGUGACGCGCUCGACGGUACAGAAGGCUGUUGUGGUGGUAACGGAUAGCCCGCAGAGAGUUGGACAAUUGCGGGAAAAGCUCUCUGUGGUGACCUCGGCAUGGUUUGCGCAGCGGGACUUCUCAGAUGUUGAUAUUUUGAAGAAAUUCCGGGAAGGCUUGGUUAUUAGCUUAUCCAAUGAUUCGUCGAAAGAUCAAAACUUAGGUCUUUCUCUGCGGGAAAUGAUUCAUGAAUUCAAAUAUCAGACCCUAGUGCUCUUCAAGGGGCUGUUAUUGCAGCCGAAGAUGCUCUUUUUUGGUACUCGAUGUGAACGUCUAUGCAUGAUCCAAUUUUCGCUUAUCUCCUUAAUACCUGGCUUGAUCGAUAAUCUGCAAGAUUGUGCGGACCCGGCAUUUGACGACUAUACGCAAAGUGUUGAGAAGCCAACCUCGCUCAAGACAAGUGAUCGAGGCUCUUUAUUGGCCUAUAUGGGUUUGCCGCUGCAGAUUUUUGGCAAGGGAAGUAUGUUUGGGCCCUAUACCCCUCUACAGCAACUGGAUUUGCUGGCCGAUGAUGGUACAAAGUCAUAUGUUGUGGGAUCGACGAAUUCCUUACUUCUUCAACAAAAAGAUCGCUAUAGCGACAUUCUAAUCAACCUUGAUGAGGAUAGCAUCAACAUCUCGUCACUGGCCCUCCAAAGGGCCUUAGCCCUAUCUGCGGCCGACAGACGUUGGAUUGACGUUCUUACUCAGAUCGUUAAUGAAACUUGGGAUGAUGCCUGUCCAUCCCGUCCAAAGACGCUAGGCUUCAUGGGAUCGGAGGAAUUCAUUCGACUCCAGUUUGAAGAGUACCUGCUUGCCUUGCUAUCCAGCAUGAAAUAUCACGAAGAGCUCGUAUCACACUCUUCGGGUGACUCGCCACACCGAAGCAGAUCCCAGCUGCAAAACUACAAUAUUGAAGGCGACCCUGCCCUCGACUUUAAUGCAGAGUUUUUGGCACAAUGGCAGAAAACUUCCAACUAUGCCCUCUUCUCAAAACUCACCUCUGACGCACUCCUAUUCUCAAUUACCGAGCCGCGACACCCGAGCGCUGGUGGGCUGACUAUGGAAGACAUUCAGCGCCGUCUGUCUCAGCAGGUGGCCGAUCUUCAUCUAGAUGAACGGGUGCGCGAGGGCCGCGAGGCGCUCGGCCGCCAACUCGCUACAGGACAAAAGAAGGUUAGCGCCGCAUUUAAUACCUUCUGGUCGGAUCUCGAGUCUAUGCGUGAAGCUCAAAGAAAGCGCAACGAGGAGAAAGCUGCUCAAUCGCAGCGCACCUCAAUUGAUACCUCGCUUCCCCCACCGUCAACUUCACAAGCGUCUCCAUCAGAGCCCUCUGGAGGCUGGGCCCGCCAAAGACCUUCCAUCGACGUCUCUCAAGCACAAGCUACAGUCAGCGUCGCCAGCCAAAAAGCCAGUGCAUACUUCAGCUCGUGGGGCUCAUGGGCCAGCGAAAAGCGUAAAGAGUGGCAGGACAAGCGCAGCUCAUCCCCCAGUCCAACUCCGAACACAAGUACUGCACCCGCAACGACCGCAACGACCGCAGCGACCUCUCAAUCGCCCCCGACCCCGGUGCUCUCAGUCGUGACUGAAACAACCGAGUCGGACCGCGGUCGUCGCCGCUCCAUGCAGCAACAUCGCUCCACCCCCAGCGAAGAUACCUCAGAUGGCCUCAGCCGCAGCAACAGCCGCCGAAAGCGUUGGAGUAACAUCCUCCUCCGCCGCGAGAGCGGAGAAUUCAAGCGCGACGACGUCUCCGAAGCAAAUGACGCGCCCUAUCCCAAAUCCCCCUUGUCCCAAGGCUUCCCGGCCUAUGAGCCCCCAGCCGCCCAGAACCCAGAGGUCCUCUUCCAGCAUGAGAACAAGAAACCUGCCGAGACUGCGUCUGCCGAUGAAGAUGGAUUCACCGCCGUGUCUCUUACGCCCGAAGAGGGACUCCGAGUAAAUCUGAACCCGGAUGAGAACAUGCAGAAACCCGAUGCAAAGGAAGAUCAUGUUACCGCUCUACCUUCCAAGGAAGAGAAGUGA